UUAGAAGAGCAGGGUCAUCGUGGAGAAAGUUAUAAGAUAACAUGUGGAAUAAGUACCGGCUAGGGGAGGAACAACUGACCAAAGACGAUCUUGAGAAGAUAGAUCGGUAUAGUUAUGUGUCAGUGGGGCACUUCUUGGCAGAGUAUGAGCACGCAUCGCGUAAGGUCUGGGCACUGUCAAAACAUGACAAAUGCUUUGUCUUCCUCAUGAACUUCACGAAUGCAGAACAGCGAGAUUUGAUUCGUGGAACAGAGGGGAGACUAGUCUGGGAUAAGAUCCGAGAGAACCUUGAACAUGAGGAUUUCGACCAGUACCUCUGCCAUACUCUGCGGGAAGCGAGGAAAAGAAGGAAGGCGUUGGAUAGUGAGAAGAGUGAGCUUGAAAAGGGGUCGAAUGAUCCGGCAGUAGGCACCUCUGAUGCUAAGAAAGAUGGAACCCAGAAGAGCGUUGAGCUCGUCAGGCGAAAUCACAGGUGGAGCAGAGAGAAGAAGAAUGAGUCGGGAGAUUUGAUCGUAUCGUACGAGAAUAUAGGUGUGGAUAUUCGAAAAGGUUACUUAUUUCGAACUGGGAGGGGAAACAAUGCUCUGGGUGGUGGGGCUUUCAACAAACGGAUAGAGAAGUGGUUUGGGGAGGCGGGGGUAUAUGAAGGUGAGAGUGGACAUAGCUUUCGAAUUGGAGGAUUGCGAGCAGGAAUAGAGGAGGGGUGGAGUUUAGGGGAGAUGAUGCGACAGGGAACAUGGAAUAGUGUGGGUACCUUUAUGAGAUAUGGUUAUGGAAUGCGACGUGGUUGGAAAAGGAGUCUGGAGGAAAAAGGGGGCGGAGGAACGAGCAGUGAAGGCUUCGCUUUGACGAUGACAGCGGGGACAGGACGACGGCGCGGUCGAAGGAAACGGGAUGUCGUGCUUGUGAGGAGACCUUCCGUAAUUACUAAAAAAAGGCGCUUGGUGAGUUGGUGCGAUGGUUCUCUCAUGCAUUUCUCCUUGUUGACUGUAACGUUUGCUGCUGUCAUCGUGAUGAUGCCGGUGACGAUGUUGUUGGCGGAGGGCGGUUGCACCGUACGGGAUCUCCCUCCGCCGUACAGAAUCAACUGCGGAAGUCGAAGAGAGAUAGUCGACAUCAUGGACAGGCGAUGGCUCGCCGACCCAAUCAACGAGACCGACGAUUCCAGUUUCCAUUCACCCAACUCAACGGACUCUCACAUCGGCGAGGAUGGCAAGGCGUCGUCGUCGGUGUACUCUACCGUUCGCGUCUUCAUGAAGAAGGGGGCUUAUUACUUGAAAUGCUACCCAGGUGUCCGAUAUUUCCUACGUCUUCGCUUCGCUGCGGAGGUGGCGGGGGGAGCGAAUGGCGCCAAUUGCUCGUUCAGCGUCCGCGUGGGCAAGGUGAUUUUGCUGAGUCAGUGGUGCCCAGGUAAAGAAGAAGAAGCAUCGUUCACGAACGACGACGGGUUAAACCCGACGGCGAAGGCAAUUGUCAAGGAGUUCUCGAUCUUGUGCGAGGACGGAGGAGCGGAGGAGUUCUCCUCGGCGUCGUCUUCAUCGGCAUCCUUAGCAUCGCCAUCGCCAUCGCCUUCUGUCGGAGACUCCGUUGGGAGCGCGAACAUGGUAGUGACCUUCGAGCCGGAAGACUCGCCGGCGUCGACGGGCGGCGGCGGGGGGGCGGGGGGCGCGACAGGGGGCGGAAAUUUGGCGGUGCAACCGAUAACCAGCGGGUAUUACGCGUUCGUGAACGCGAUUGAACUGGUGGCAAUCCCUUGUGAUCUGUAUGGCAACCUGACGCCGAAGAGGUACGUGAUGUCGACGUUGAGACGGUGGAACUGCGGAGGACGAGAAGUCGAUCCCAAGAGCGACAAUUUCUCGCGGAUGUGGGAGGGGGAUCCCAAACCGCCGGCGCGUACGCGCAAUGAAACUACCCUGCACUCGAUCGGUCUUCCCGAGGGCGUGUACGCACCAGAAGCAGUUUACCAAUCAUGGCGGAUCCUUGACAAGGAUGCCACGUCUUUGAUGUACCAAUUGAUUGUUUCCUCCUCCUCCUCCUCCUCCUCCUCGUCGCGGCUUUCCGGAGGAGGGAGUAGUUCUGCAGGAGGAGGGAGCGCCACGUACCUCGUGCGGUUCCAUUUCGCGGAGAUCAUGCCUGGAAUCAAGGCCGGGGACCGGGUUAUGAAUCUGAAGGUAGAGGGGAUACUGUGCAGGGAAGGCGUUGACAUACUGUCAUCAUCCCGACCGAACUUCGAGGCCAUGGUCGUCGACGUUUUCGUCGCGAUGCCCGUAGGUGUGGCAGAAAUGACCGUUGCUAUAGAUGCCUCGUCGGGUUCCCCGGUGAUAAAUGGGCUUGAGGUUUUAAAAGUCGGAGUGUCGGAUUUGUCCGAUUCCGGCCACGACGCCUUUGCGCAGGACGGGAUUGUGAUAUGUACCACCGUCAGCGGCCUCCCCCCUUCAUCUGGGCCAUCAACCCUCCUCCUCCCUCGCGCUGUCGUCUCCGAGAUACUCCUCGAUUUCGCCGCCGCCACGAAUGUUUCAGAGGACGGACAGACAGCCAACGACAACAGCAAUGCGGCAGUGCUUUCGGCAUGGACUAAUUCCACUUCUUACUGCGAUUGGGCUGGGGUGAGUUGCGCGGACGACAGAGAGUCAGUUAUCGACAUCGAUCUUUCUGCAUUCUCCCGGCUUUCCGGUCACAUACCCCCUCGUGUUGGCAUGCUCUCUACUCUGCAGCGGCUGAUCCUAAGCGGGCAGUCCUUCACCGGUGAGAUUCCCUCGUCGUUCGCGAACCUGUCGGCCUUGAAGACGCUGGCAGUGGAGGGCAACUCUCUCGCCGGGGAGGUGCCUGCAUCGUUACUCGACAGCGUCGCUCUCAAGGAGUUCACCUGGAAAGCGGCAGCGAAUGGGCGCGAGGGGGAGGCGGCGGGGGGGAAGAAGGGGAACGAUUUGUGCGCCCCGAGCGAUGCUCGGAAUCGAUGGGAUCUUCCGCUGUGUGGGGAAAACGGGUUUUGGCGGGGAAGGAUACUCAUCGCCUUGAUAUCGGGCUGCGUGGGCGGGGGGGUUUUGCUCCUGAUGGCCCUGGUCUGCUGCUGCGUGGUCGUGAGACGUCGGAUUCUCAAGAGAGAGUACUACCUCUUCUCCCCCGAUGGAUCGCGAUGGCCCGGCGCGGGCAAAGGCCCCUCCGCCAUCCUCGCGAAUUGGUUGUUCCGCGCGCUCGGGGGGGCGUGCGCGGAAAAUGAAAGCACCCCGACUCGGCGGGGCGCGGAAGGAACGGGCGGGAGAAGCAGCAUUCGCCCGGAUGUCUCAGGUAAACUUGUGAGUCGGGACGGAUACGGCCAUCGCUUCUCGAUGGCAGAGGUACGGCAGUACACCAACGAUUUCGAAGAGGGCCUGCUCAUCGGAAAAGGCGGCUUUGGCAACGUGUACAAAGGAGUGUUUGUGUGCGACUGGGACAGUGGAGCGAUAGGAGGAGGAGGAGGAGGAGGAAGAAGAGAGAUGGUUGUGGCGGUGAAGAGGGGAGCGAGAAGAUCCGGGCAAGGGGUGAAGGAGUUUCUGAACGAGCUGUCGACUCUGUCAAGCGUACGCCAUCGCCACUUAGUCUCUCUUCUCGGCUAUUGCGACGACGAUGGGGAGAUGGUGCUCGUCUACGAAUUCAUGUCGAAGGGCACACUGAGAAGUCACAUUCUCCCGAAGAGUGGAGGAGGAGGAGGGGAGGAGCAGAGUGCGCUGGUGGGAGGGGAAGAGCGGGCGCCUCUUCUCUGGCGCAAACGCCUGGAAAUUGCCGUCGGCGCCGCGCGGGGAUUGGAAUACCUACAUAUUGGAGCACAGAAGGUGGUCAUUCAUAGAGACGUAAAGUCGACGAACAUUCUGUUGGACGAUGACUACGUUGCCAAAGUGGCAGACUUCGGGAUAGCGCGAUGUCUGGAAGAUCCCGAGAACACGCACGUCAGCACAGGCGUGAAGGGAAGUUUCGGGUACAUGGAUCCGCAGUAUUGCACGACGAGGCAGCUGACAGAGAAGUCCGACGUGUACAGUUUUGGGGUUGUGUUGUUGGAGUUGGUGACGGCGCGGCCGCCUGUGGCGUCUUCGCCUGUCGGAGGGUUUCAAAGAAGAGCGAUGGGAGGAGGAGGAGAAGGUGGGGAGGGGGGUGCGGGUGCGCCGAACGGGGAACAAGACCCGGCGGGCGGAGUUACUGGCAUAUCGGCGGGGAGGAUGACGCGGGGCGGCGGGGGACGAGACCACCUAGGCGGAGGCGGAGGCGGCGGAGGCAAUGACGCGCCGUGGACUCUUCCGCCUCAGUGCGGUAGUCUUGUGGAAUGGGCGCUUCCUUAUCUAAUUGCAGGGGAGGUGGAGAGGAUCGUCGACCCGCGGCUGAUGGACUCCUACGGCACGUCAUCUCUAUACAAGGUAACUGACGUGGCGCUUGCUUGUGUGAACGAUAAUCGGGACAGGAGGCCUUCCAUGACCGACGUCCGACGGGGAUUGGAGGAUGCUUUGAUGCUACACGACAACUCUCUCAGCGUGGUUCUCGACUCGACGACGGAGAUGUUCGAUGGCAACGUCUGAACGAACAAACAUACUUUAGCGUU